CGUGCUCGCUGUUUGCGGCAGUGGCAAGCCUCUCUGCGAAAUAAUGCCUUUUGUAUUCCCGCAUGCCGUUGUUUUCUUUUUUACAUUUAAAUUGCAGUCAAAUCAUAUUCUCCGCCUCCAUGGUCUGUCGUCGAUCUAGAAGGUUGACCUAGCCAAGGGGGUGUAUCGUGGACGGUUAUUUAGAUCAUACGCUCCUCAUCAUCAAACGAUGGGGGCUCCGGCGUAAUGCACAGCCACACAGCCGGGGAAGCAGCGCUAUCUCAAGGUACAGGAUGAGGCCUACUUGUUAAACCCCCGACCAACCCACCUCUCCUCUGAGAGAAUAAUCAUCGUGAUGGCCGAUGAUGAGGAACGACAACAGCCUGGUCAGCUGAAGCCUAACUCGGGUUUGGGCUCACUUCCAACGCUAGUACCAGGACUGCAGGGCCCCGAAGCCAAUGCGCUGCAGUAUAAAAUAAAGAAUUCAAUUUGCAAAUCUGUACAAUCAAAAGUGGACAACAUAUUGCAAGAUGUUGAGAAGUUUACAGACAUCGAAAAACUCUACCUCUACCUUAAGUUGCCUUCUGGUCCCAGCAACGGUAAUGAUAAAAGGACUGAGAAUCAGAGAGCCUCCACUCCUGGGCUAUGUGACCAGAGUGGCAUGUCGUCCAGUCGAACGCAGCAGAUGUAUGCAUUCAACUGGAUACGGAAUCAUCUAGAAGAGCACCCAGAGACAUCCCUGCCAAAACAAGAGGUGUACGACGAGUAUAAGAGCUAUUGUGACAAUCUUGCAUAUCACCCACUGAGUGCAGCAGACUUUGGAAAGAUCAUGAAGAAUGUCUUUCCCAACAUGAAGGCUCGCCGCUUGGGCAUGAGAGGAAAAUCCAAAUACUGUUACAGUGGGCUGAGGAAGAAAGCUUUUGUUCACAUGCCUUCUCUGCCCAACCUGGACUUACAGAAAUCAGGCGACGGUUGUGAGUUGAUGGAGCCAUCGUCGGGACAGUCUCCCAGUGCGGAGGACGAGAUGCGCUCGGCGGCCUGCGGCCUGGUGUGUGAGUGGGCCCAGAAGGUGCUCAGCAGACAGUUCGAUGCCGUGGAGGACCUGGCCCGCUUCCUGCUCAACAGCCACUACAUAGGAACCAAGUCCAUGGCCGCCCUCACAGUCAUGACUGGCACGCCGACAGGUCUGAAGACGCCCACGCCGACCUCUGCGUUUGUGCCGACGUCAGAGGCCUCGUCCUUCCAGCCGCAGGUGAAGACCCUGGCCUCUCCCUCGGCGGAUGCCAAGCAGCAACUCCAGAGGAAGAUCCAGAAGAAGCAGCAGGAGCAGAAACUCCACUCACCACAGCCCGGCGACGCCCAGGGCCAGGGUCCGAACCCGGCCAGGAGAGCCGAGGCCAGCACCCCGGGUCCCACCAACACCAUCCCCUGUGGAAGUCCCGCCUUGAUCUCACCACAGCCAACGAUUGGUAUAGUGGUGGCGGCCGUUCCCAGUCCUAUUACGGUCCAGAGGAGCCGACAGCUGAUGACCUCCCCCAGCCCGGUGGGGUCGGCCGAGGGGAAGGUCCUACCAACCGUCAACUUCCAGGUGGUCACCCACACCCAAUCCAUGACCCACCGACAGUCCCCCAAGACCCCCCAGAACAUCUCGGCCAGUCCUGUCGGCGACCGCCUGGCCAGGCAUAGGUACCCCCAGAUCCUGCCAAAACCCUCAGCCACCGGGGCGAUCACCCUGCGUUCCCCGCCCACGCUGCUCAUCACCAACAGCCCCAUCAAGACCCACCACGCGAUGCAGCCCCAGGUCAAUGUGGUGAAGGUGACCGCCAUCUCCCUGGCCCCUGGCAGCAGCGUCAGCACCAGCACCAACAGCACGGUCCUCCGACCGGCCUUGGCCUCAGCUGGUCCCACCACUAACACCUUCGCCACCAUCUCCUCCCAGGAGGAGGCGCAGAGCCAGGGAGGCCUGCCGGCGGCCACCUCAACUGCCGCGGUGCGCCCUGCCGCCCUGGCCCCCGCAGCGACCCCAGAGGCCGCUGACAAUAAACUGGCCGAUAAACCCAGCGCUGCUCAGCAGUCCCCCGGCGGGGCCAAGGGUCUGGAGAGGGCCACCAAGUACCGGGCUGCCAGUGAACCCUCGCUCAUGGUCAAAUGCUCCCCGGGGCCAGACAGAGUGACCGCCAGGACCAAAAGCGACCCCUCCACCGCCGCCGCCGCCUCCUUUCCCGGCAUAACCGCCACUGUUUCCACGGCAGCUGCGGCGUCUCAGCAGGACGGCGAAAACGGUGCCACUUGUCACCAAGAAAGUACCUUGUAUCUGACUGUUACUCCCUCUGCCAAUCAGAACGUCGGUGUAGCCGGAGGAUUGCCCUCCCCGUCCGUCGGCUCGUCUGUGACUCUGUUGUCUCCUAAAGACUCAUGCCCGUCGGGGGCCAAGAGUCCCCGCAAGCGAACGGGCCCUGGCCUGGAGUCCUCUAACGUUGUCCCCGUGAAGCGCGUCUUCAUUUCCCAGCAGCCUCUGGGAGUGUCCUUUGACCCCAAGCCGGGCAUCAGCGCCGGGGUCAAGAAGGUCCCGACUCGACCGGGCACCCCUGCCCGACCUGAAAGUGCGCCCUGCCGAGUGACCGUGAAACAACACCUGGUGCCCACACAGAUACUGGCCCUGUCCGACUCGCCCAUAACGACCGCUGAGCUGUCCUCGCUCUCCUCUCAGAAUGCCGUGGGCGUGAAGACCCCGACCUCCUCGUUGCUGGUGGUUAAACGUGAAAAUACAUUGUCCCUGUCGCCGAACGCCGACGUCGGUCACACCGGCAGCACCGCAGCUGCCCCCAGUAGCUCCGCCCCGGUCUUGGAGCAAAAUCAGCAACAGGCUUUACUGCAGCAGGUGACAGCAGCAGGGGUGGGCGUAGGGGAGCCAGGGGACAGGCUGACAACCACCCCGGGGCCUCAGCAACACACUGAGGCCCCCGUCAUAGGCGAUGCCAAGAGCACAAUGUGGGUUGACACGGGCCGACUGGACGAGCUUCAGAAACGGGCCUUCGAUCAGGCUAUACCAGCAGACCACACCACCCAACAACAGGCCAUGGGCUCCUCUGCCGACCAACAGCCCCUCCCCGACAUCAUGUCCCAGACUCCGGACCCCUCGGCCCAGUUAUCCGGCCUUCACCAGGAGAUGGUGGAGUUCGCCUCUUCUGCCUCCCAGCACAGCUCCGCCAUGGACUACUUCUCCUUCAAUGACGACGAGAUGACCCAGGACAGCAUCGUCGAGGAACUGGUGCAGAUGGAGGAACAGAUGAAGCUGAAAGGCCUCCAGCCUCUGUUCAGCAGCUGUGUGGACAAUCUCUCCCUCCAGGGCCAGCCUGGGGGCCCCCAGGGACCCAUCCUCAACACCCACCACCAAGGAGGUAGCUCCACCUUCUACCACUCCGCCCACAGCAGCACCACUCCCGUCCAGACCCCCACCCCCACGCCAACUCCAACCCCUACCCCCACAGAGAUGACUCUCAGUGGGCACGGGCUUACCAGAGAGAGCCCCUGCUCCCAUCACAGCAUGGCUCCCAUCACGCCCGUGGAGGGGCCUCUCGGCGGUCGACACACCCCCAUAAGUGCCCUGUCCAACUGUUCCAGCAGUGUCCCCCCGAGUCCCGUGGAGUGCAGAAACCCCUUCGCCUUCACCCCCAUCAGCUCGUCCAUGGCGGGGGGUUACCAUGACGCCUCGGUCGUGUCCGUCUCCUUCGGCCCCGUCAAGCCCAUGCAAAGGCCCAUGGCCACACACCCCGACAAGUCCAAGCUGGAGUGGAUCAACAACCGCUACAACAGUGGCAUUGCUGGGGGGGUGGGUGGAGGGCCAGGCACCGGGUUAUCAAUCUCCAACCACAACCUCGGGGGACUCCUGCCCAGUUACCAGGAGCUGGUGGAUGACCAUUUCCGGAAGCCCCACGCCUUCGCCAUCCCGGGCCACGGUGGCCAGUCUUUCCAGGCCCAGUCCAGACAGCAGGAUGGCGGACAUUUUGGACGCCUGACCCCCAUCUCGCCGGUGCAGCAGCAGACGGCCGGCGUGUCAACCACGCCCACCAGCACAACGAACAAACAGGAUGAGAGCUUUGCAGUGCCCGCCCCUCUGGACAACAAGGGUGGAGCCUCGUCGUCAGGGAGCGGGACGUUCCGUUGCCGGAGCGUCAGCCCGGCUGUCCGUCAGAGGACCUUCAGCGGUACCGGCACAACCCUUGGUACCGGCACGACCCCCAGCAACGCCACUACCACCCGAUUGGUUGUCUCGCCUUUCAGCUCACCCAUGACGUCUCAGGAGAUCCUCAGCAUCCUGUCCAACAGCCAGUCGGUGAGCGGCACCCUACACAGUAUGGCCCAGCGCAGCCAAUCGGUGCCCUUGAAUGUCAUGAUGCAGAGCGUGGUGGAAAUGGAGCUGCUUCCUGUUGAGAUGCAUGGGGGACAGCACCAGAGCAACGCCACCAAGAUCACCAAUGUCCUGCUGAACAAGAUGGACUCUGACGUGGACGACGCGGUCAGGGGCCUGGGCAUCAACAACCUUCCCUCUAACUAUACCGCCCGCAUGAACCUCACCCAGAUGCUGGAGACACAGACUCAGGCCUCCACCGGGGGCUUCACCAUCACCAGAGGAGGAGGAGGAGCAGGAGACAGCGUCCAGGCACACCAGAUCCAAUUGCAGACUGUCAGCUCCAGCCCUGCCGGGUCCUCCUUUGAGCUACAGCAGCAUGGAGUCUACCUCACCAGCGCUGGGGGAGGUGGGGGCGAGAUGGGCUUCUCUGGGGACAACCAAGCACAAUCAGGCCCCGUUGGUGAGGACGUGGACCUGGAGCUCCAGCAGAUCCAGGACCUCCAGGAGCUCCAGGAGGACUCUGGACAGCUCCGAACUCAGACCCAGUUACUCCAGAGCCCCCAUGCCCAGCUCCAGAGCCCCCAUCCUCAGCUCCAGGCCCAGUCUGGACUCCAACUUCUCCGGCCCCGGUCCCAGCCACAGCUACUCCUCCAAUCCACCGCCACCCAGCAGCAGCAGCGGCAACAGGAAGAAGAUGAGGCACAACAGCAGCUGGACUUCAACAACACUGUCAAAGACCUGCUUGGGGACGACGGCCUCAACGUGGACGCGGAGGGUCUGAACCCCAGUUCUCAGCUGGUCGGCCAGGUGGCUUCGGAGCUCAACGCUGCCGUGAAGGCGUCGGUGGGUGACUUCACUGAUGACGACAUGAGGCUGACCUCUGACCUUUCCAGUAGCAUCACGGACCUGAACACGCUGGAUGCCGACCUGCUGUUCGAUCCUUCCGGCCAGCAGCAAGAGCAGUAUGAAGACGCCACGCUGGAAGAGCUGAAGAAUGAUCCCCUGUUUCAGCAGAUAUGUAGUGAUACUGUGAACUCCUCUUUCGACUGGCUGGAAAGCAAAGACCAGCCCACUACCGUAGAGAUGUUGGGCUGACCUUGUCAUAGUCAGCGUCCAGAGUGGAAGUCUACAAUGUUUUAUAGUGCAUUACUUUCAACCAGGGCUCUGCAUCAACACAAGGGCACUGUAGAAAGUAGUGAACUGUAUUCAUAUACAUUCUGAUACAGUCAUUUUUAUAUGUAUUUAUGUUCUGUGUUUUUGUUUGUUGUCUUUUGGCCUGUGAAUAAUGUGUGUG